AUCUGCUGCCAGUUGAGUCAAAGGUAUUUGAUCAAAUUUGAUUGGCGGGUAUUGAACCCCCCAUCCCAACAGUUUUAGAUUUUACAUCCUGAGAGCCCACAACUGGCAUAGUUGGGAUUGGAUGGGGGAUUUGUAUGCCUUAGAUUUUGACGGAGUUCUCUGCGAUAGCUGUGGAGAAAGCUCUCUUUCUGCUGUUAAGGCUGCUAGAGUGAGAUGGCCCAGCCUUUUCAAUGGGGUGGACUCUUCUUUGGAAGAUUGGAUUGUAGAUCAGAUGCAUGUGGUUAGACCUGUGGUGGAAACUGGAUAUGAAAAUCUCUUACUUGUGAGGUUGCUUUUGGAGUCGAGAAUCCCUUCUAUUCGCAGGUCUUCGGUUGCAGAGGGACUAACAGUUGAGGGAAUACUUGAGAACUGGGCAAAGAUUAAACCCAUUAUAGUGGCAGAAUGGGAUGAAGACAGGGAUUUUCUCAUAGAUCUUUUUGGUAAGGUUAGAGAUGAAUGGAUGGACAAUGAUUUGGCUACUUGGAUAGGUGCAAACAGGUUUUAUCCUGGAGUUCCUGAUGCACUGAAAUUUGCAAGUUCAAAGCUUUAUAUAGUCACUACAAAGCAGAGUCGCUUUGCAGAUGCAUUACUUAGAGGGAUUGCUGGGAUAACCAUUCCAGCUGAAAGGAUCUAUGGUCUCGGCACAGGACCUAAAGUAAAAGUGCUUAAGCAACUUCAGGAAAUGCCGGAACAUCAGGGUCUGACACUACACUUUGUGGAAGACCGGCUUGCUACAUUAAAGAAUGUGAUUAAAGAGUCCGAGUUGGAUGGAUGGAACUUGUAUCUAGGGGACUGGGGUUACAAUACUCAAAAGGAGAGGGAGGAAGCUGCUAGCAUUUCCAGAAUUUGCCUUCUCGGGCUCUCUGACUUCAGCAAUAAGCUGAAAUGAUCCUGUAUUCUUUCAGUUAACUAACUUGCAUUUCUUAAAAGCCGACAGGGUCUGCUGCAAUAUCCUCCGGUAUCAAUAAUCUUUUCUUACAGAAUUAUGUAUUGAGCAUCGGGUCCGCUCUGGUCAUCCCUAUGUAUACACACUUAAGUUUGUGGGAUGGUUUAUAUUAUGUUUGAAUUAAAACAA